UGAAUCGGGGGGCGUGGCGGGGGAAAUUCCCAGCAGGGCGGAAGCAGCGGAGCUCGCGGCAGAGCCCAGCUACAGGCGGGCGGCCUCGGGGGCCCCUGUGGUGGCGGGGGCCAUGGCUGUGGUCGCGUGCUUGGGGAAAGCUGCCGACGCAGAUGAGUGGUGCGACAGCGGCCUGGGCUCUCUGGGUCCGGACGCAGCGGCCCCCGGAGGAGCGGGGCUGGGCGCGGAGCUGGGCCCGGGGCUGUCGUGGGCACCCCUCGUCUUCGGCUACGUCACUGAGGAUGGGGACACGGCACUGCACUUGGCUGUGAUUCAUCAACACGAACCCUUCCUGGAUUUUCUCCUAGGCUUCUCAGCUGGCACUGAGUACAUGGACCUGCAGAAUGACCUAGGCCAGACAGCCCUGCACCUCGCAGCCAUCCUGGGGGAGGCAUCCACGGUGGAGAAAUUAUAUGCAGCAGGUGCCGGGCUGUGCAUGGCAGAGCGUGGGGGUCACACAGCGCUGCACCUGGCCUGCCGAGUCGGGGCGCAUGCCUGCGCACGUGUGCUGCUGCGGCCCCGCCCCCGGUGCCCCAGGGAAGCCCCCGACACCUGCUUCGCGCAGGGCUCUAACCAUACCCCUGACACCAACCACACCCCUGUGGCCUCAUACCCUGAACCUGCCCUGGAGAAGGAAGAGGAGGAGACUCGGGAGGACUGGAAGCUGCAGUUGGAGGCUGAAAACUAUGAGGGCCACACCCCACUCCAUGUGGCCAUCAUCCACAAAGAUGUGGAGAUGGUCCAGCUGCUCCGAGACGCUGGAGCUGACCUCAACAAACCGGAGCCCACCUGUGGCCGGAGUCCCCUGCACCUGGCAGUGGAGGCCCAGGCAGUGGACGUGCUGGAGCUUCUCCUGAAGGCAGGCGCGGACCCUGCCGCCCGCAUGUACGGCGGCCGCACCCCACUGGGCAGCGCCACACUCCGGCCCAACCCCACCCUCGCCCACCUCCUCCGAGCGCAUGGAGCCCCUGAGCCUGAGGAUGAGGACGACAGGCCCGGGCCCUGCAGCAGCAGCGGGGACGACAGCGGCGACGAGGGCGUGAGUCAGGAGAGGCGGGGCGGCCCGGCCGGGGUCAGGGUAAACCACCAGGUAGGGAGGGGGAGAUCACUAGGCAGCCGUCAAGACAGACCUUAGGCUGCUGGCGUUAGAGAACUCAGGCAGUGGCACGAGCGCCAUGGGGCAGCAGUCAAGAGACAUGGACAGGG